AUGUCAUUCAAGAAUCAAUUUAAUUUUAAUAUAUCAAAGUCGACCCCCACGACAUCAACAAAUAAUACUAAUACGACAAGCAACAGCAAUUCGACAUCUAAUGAUAAUCCACAACCAACUACAGCAAAACCGCCACCUUUCAUACUGAAUAUAUUGUUGAAAAGUAACUUUGACAGUUCUGUAUCCACCAACAAUUCUAGUAAGACCCCGCCAAAAUCGUCGUCUCCAAGAUUAUCAGCUACAGGAGUCGUUCCUGCGGUCGUUACUAUUGAUAAUGGAGAACUAAUAGGUAACAAUACUUCUAAUACUUCUACAGACUCAUCUAAAACAGAUUUAAUUGGGUUGUUUGAUAAAUUCGAUAUCAACAAAGAUGAUAAAGAACAGACUAAACCAGAGCAUGAAGAGCAUCACCCUAUCACAGAAAAACACGAGGAUGAUGAAGUUUCACACGAAGAUAAAUUAGAAAAAAUGGUACUGGAUGAUGACGGUGACGAUGAAGAGUCACAUAAAGAAAAGGAAGUGGUGUCAGAGAAAGAAGGAACAUCGACUAAAGAUAUAACUCUGUCUCCAUCUAUUAAGCAGACUGAACAAAAAAAUAGUGGAACUACUUCAUUUGCUGCACUUAUGACAAUUCAGCCUUACAUUCCACCUGAAGAAAAAGAGGUUCACGAAAAGCACGAGGAAUCAGUUAAUGAUGAUAAUUUAAUUGAUUUAGAUGACAGGGAAACAUCUAAAAGUAAAAAUAACAAUUUGCAUGAUGAUCCGGUACAAUCGGAGUCCACGAAUGUAAAUCAAGUUGAAAGCAGCACACCAAAGGGCAACUUUCUUGAUAUUGCGGGGUCUGAGAAAGAACAAUCUGGAGUCGAAGAAUUGAGUUUAAAAGUAGGAGAUUCUGAAUCUAAAACAACUAGUGAUGUGCCCACUGAAGAUGUAUCAACCUCUGACGCAAAUAAAUCCCAUAAACACAGAUUCCAAAUUAAUGAUUCUUCGGAGCAAAACAAACAAUCGCAUAAACCAUUUGAUUUUCAAACAUUUUUAGUUCAAUUACGUAAAAAGUCUGCAGAUCCAAUAGUGAGAUACAUUCGAUCGUUUUUAAGUUCAUUCAUUAGACAGGGUCACACAUUUACAUCUGAUCAAAGAAUAAAGAUUAUUCUGGAUUUCAAGAUUUUCAUGAAUGAGAAGUUUACAUUGUAUGAACCAUUUGCGUCUAUGGAUCAAAUUGAUUUGGAGAAUUCUCGUGAAGGAUUAGAGAAGUUGAUCAUGAAUCGUUUGCAUGAUUUGUGUUUCCCACCAGAAGUUGUUAAACAAAACUUGUCUUACAUCCCUGAACCUUAUACACUAGAUUUGCAAAAGGACGAGUCUUUCGCUUUGCAAUUGGAAAAGUUUUCUUGGAUCAAUGGGAACCACUUGGAUAUCGAUAUGAAUGAUUUGGCAAACAAAAUUGUGAAAAAUGACCAGUCAUUUCUUGAGUAUGCCAUUACUGAACUAAACAAAAUCAACAAUUACAGAGCACCACGAGAUAAAAUCAUAUGUAUUCUCAAUGCAUGUAAGAUUAUAUUCAGUUAUUUGAAGUUAAGCAAACAAGAAACAAACGCGGAUUCCUUUAUUCCAAUAUUGAUUUUAGUCAUAUUCAAAGCCAAAACGGACCACUUGAUUAGUAACAUUCACUAUAUUGAGAAUUUCAGAGGACAAGAGUGGUUAUUACAUGGAGAAACAAGCUACUAUCUUUCCUCGAUUCAAGGUGCAGUUGAGUUCAUACAAAACAUUACUGCAGAAGAUUUGACAAUCAGUCAAGCUGAGUUUGAUGCCCAUAUGGAAGCCUGGGAUGCCCAGAGGAAACAGAAAGUGCAACAAUUGAAAUUAGUACAACCAAUUCCAACAAUACCUACAACACCGACAGAUGGUACUGGUGAAACAAACUUAAAACCAGAUAUGUCCCAUACUCCAAAUGGACUUUCACCUUCGAAGGUAUUGUUUUCUAGUGCAGAGAUGUUUACAAAAUCCAUUACCAACUUUUUAUCGCCACUGCCACAUUUAUCCGAAUCUGAACCUGAAGAAUUUCAACCACCACCAAAUUCACCACCACCAUCUCAAGACCAGAAUGAUCCUUCAGCUCAAUAUCAACCAUUACCUCCAAGGGAAGAAGAAAUUAAUGCUGAACAAAUGCGGAAAGCCUACGAUACAUUAAUUGAAAUAUUUCCUUCGUUAGAUACUAACAUUUUAAAAGAUGUGAUAUUUAUCAAUCGUGGGAAUAUAGAUGUCUGUAUUGAUGCAUGUUUACAAUUGGUCGAUGGUUGA